AUGCUGGUAAAAGCUCGUAAAUUGGCAGUUGUUGGAUCCCGAUCAGUUGGAAAAUCAUCCAUGACAGUUCGAUUUGUUGAAGAUCAUUUUGUUGAAUCCUAUUAUCCAACUAUUGAAAAUCAAUUUAGUAAACAAAUAAGACUUAAUAAUCAAGAUUAUAAUAUUGAAAUAUUAGAUACUGCAGGUCAAGAUGAAUUUAGUUUAUUAAAUGAAAAACAUUUAAUUGGUAUUCAUGGUUAUAUAUUGAUUUAUUCUGUUACUUCAAGACAAUCAUUUGAAAUUAUUGAAAUUAUUAGAGAUAAAAUUUUAAAUUCCAUUGGUACAAAUAAUACUCAAUUACCAAUGAUUCUUAUUGGUAAUAAAUGUGAUUUAAAUUAUCAAAGACAAGUGGAAUUUAAUGAAGGUCAAGAAUUGGCUAAAAGUUUUAAUUGCAAAUUUUUAGAAACUUCAGUAAGAGAAAAUAUUAAUGUUGAUAAAUGUUUUGAAACUAUAAUUGAAGAAAUUGAAAAAAUUCAAAACCCACCCGUUGAAAAACAACAAGAUAAAUGUAUAAUUAUGUGA